GAAAACGGCGAUCAAAACCCCAACGCCGCUGAUGUUGUUCCGUUUGAGAGUUUGAUUCUCGCUUUCGCUCUUCGAUCGCUGAUCGCUGAUGGGGAAACGUGCGUGCGGACGGAGAGAGCUCGUUGAGCGAUGGAGAUUCAUCCUGGAGGAGCAGGACGAGGACGAUCUCUGUCCCUCCAAGCAGCGCCGGAUCCAGCGGUUGAAGGAGGAGUGGUUUUCAGAUUCCUUCGACUUUUUGGUUGAUUUGCCAAAGGAUGUCCACAUUUGGUGUGGUUAUGCAGAUUUGAUGGGACCUCUUCUAGAGACUUUCCAUAAUUUCUUUGAAGAUAAACAUAAUGACUCACCUCUUAAGCUUGUGUGGAAGAGAGUCUCUCAAGAAAUGGGGCAGUGCACACAGUGUGUUUGCCAGCAUCAUCAAGCCCAGGAAGCCUAUGGUUUGGGAUAUGAAUCUGAUACCGUAGAGCCACUUCUCAAAAUAUUGAAGUCUCUUGACGAAGAAAGGGUCACGGAGCAUCUCAAAGAGAUAAAUUUUAAGAUUGGUCAGAGAGAAUAUGAUCCUGACUGCCACGGUGCAGAAGUUGUCAGUUUGAUGUUUGAAGUGUUAAUGUUCCCUAUUUUAUUUGAUGAUUCGUUGUUGGUCAAUGAGUUUCAAAUCUUCAUUGAAGCAGUUGAUAAAUCUCAUGAAAUUACUCUGGCUGGGCAUGAACAAUAUCCUGGUGUGUAUGCUAUGUUUUUUCUUAAAUAUGGAAGAGCUCGAGCUAUUGGGCUUCGUUUGGCUGGAUGCUUGGGAAAGCUGAGGAGGGCAACCGAUUUGGAACCCUUGCAACCCCUGCUAAGGAAUUACAUUGGGAUUUUGGAAACAGAAGGUCUACCAUUGACUCCAGACACUUUAAGGCCAAGAAUGCAGCUUGAGAAAUUAACUGUUUGGUCUGGUGUUAAAACAUUGCUUGGUUUUCUUGAUCCACCGGCUUUUGAAGAAGGAAUAUUGGAAAGAUAUCCAAUUUUCAUGAGCAUUGUACUCAAUCAUGUGAGCGAUGAUACACCUGAGUUCUCACAUGCUGUCACUUGCUUAAGGGCAUCUUUUGAAAUGCUUGGAUGUAAACUCUGGUUGAGAACCUCACUAUCACCAAGUAUGAUACGCAACACGCUUUUGGGUCAGUGUUUUCAUACUCGAAACGAGAAAAGCCAUAAAGAAAUAUUUGAUCUGUUUCUACCAUUUUUACAGUCACUUGAAGCAUUGCAAGAUGGCGAGCAUGAAAAGCAAAGGAGACAUUUUCUGUAUUUUCUUCUCCAUCAAGUUACACAAAGCAGUAAUUUCAGUUUACUAAUGAGGAAAAAUGCUCGCAAGAUUGCCCUUCUCAUCGUAUAUCGCGGCUAUACAAUGAAUCCUCCAUGUCCACCUUUUGAGUGUGCUCAUAUGUGGGGUCCUUCCUUAGUGUCUUCUUUGAAAGAUUCAUCUCUCCAUAACUCUUUGCGUCAGCCUGCAUUUGAUCUUAUCAACAGUAUUAUUGUUUCUGAUACCUCAGCUAUUACACACUUGAAGUUGAAUUCAGAGGCAGCUUCUAUGGUUGAUUCAAGCAUCUCAUCUGAUUUUGUUGUUGAUGAUGAUGAAGUUCUUCUCUCCCAUCAUAUUAAGGAGAAGAAUAACAAUUGUUGGAGAGAAUUUAGUAACCAGAGUAAAGUUACCUUGGUCGAGUGUAAAGAAUGGAUUUGCAUUCCCAUGUUAUGGUUUGAAGUUCUUACGGAAGUUGAUCCUGCAAUCUUCCCAGUGUCAAUUUGCAAGGCUGUUUUCUGGGUUAUGUCUCAUAUUUCUGUUAUAGAAGCAAACUUAAGCCUUGAAUUCUCAAUGCCAAUAAGCAAAUGGUUGUCACAGUAUGCCCCUGAAAUAUCAUCAUCAUUUGGGUGGGAAGUUCCUCAGGGUUAUGAUGAUGGUAGUGAUGGGAAGGAGUCAAGAAACUCCAUCAAGGUCUCAUCAAUGCAGAGCCCUUUGGCGAGAACAUUGAAAAGGUUUGCUGCUGAAUUCAUCAUCCAGAUGGAGAAACAUGAACUUCAUAAGCAGUGGACCUGGGAACCAGAAAUGGCAGAGUGUUUGAUACUGCUACUUAUAGACCCUAAUGAAAACAUUAGGCAAAUUGAUAGAGUUGUCUUGGAACACAUUUCAAAGACAAGGGGAUUGACUCCUGGACUUCAAUUUCUUUGUUCUAGUGCAACAUCAUUGUCAGCUGUUUAUUCGGGAUUGAGACAUGCUUUAGAAAAGGUCCAAGCUGAUACUGUUUCAGCCAAUUUUCAUAAUUUUCAACACCUACUGUUCAUCACGCGCAAGCUUCUAAAAGAAGUUGUCACCUUCUCUAAAACUUCACCUGGCAGUUCUCAAGAAGGUCCUAAGUCUGGGAAGUUUGUUUCUGAGGGGGGGUUUCUGAGACAACCUUGUUUUGAUGAUUUAUGCAUUACACCAACUGAGUAUUCACCCAUAGCUGUUGACAUGGAAUCCUGGGAGAAGUUCAGUUGUUUAAUAUCAAUAAUUAUCUGGCCUUCUUUGUUAAAAUGCUUAGCAGAAGGACGGGAACUUGUAAAUAGUAAAAACUUUCAGAUGACAUGUGUUCGGCUGCUGGAAACUCUUCCAGUUGUAUUUGAAAGGCUUACCUUGUCUUCAUCCAAACUAUUAGGGAGUCCUUCACUCAAAAAUUUUUUUUGUUUUGACUAUAAAUGGCUUUCUGAUUUGGUCGAUUGGGGAAAGUCAUCCCUUAUUGUCAUUAGCAGGCACUGGAAACAAUGCAUUAGUUCUUUAUUGACAUUUCUAAGAGAUACAGGAAGUGGUAAUCCACCAUAUCAAAUCGGUGCAAUUGAGGCAAUCAUGUCACAGGAUUCUAUAGAGGUUGAUGUGUUGAGGGAGAAAGUGCUUCAUCUCUCAAUUUCAUUAUCAAGAGAGUUUUCUUUCACUUCUGAGAAGAAAAUGUCAAAAGGGAAGACCCUUAUGUCUGAACCAUCUUUGGGAAGUUCAAUUUCAAAUUCUUGUUUUUAUGGAGGGAAACAUGCAGAUGCUGCUAAAGAUGUCAACAGUCAUGAUAUAGUUGUUCUUUCAGAUGUGGUGCAAGAAAAGAAAGCAUUGCCAGAUUUCAAUCCAGUGUGCAGUAGUAGUAAAUCAGGCUACAGCAUAUCAAAUAAUGUGUUGCCUCCACAUUCCAGCAAUAGAGUCUCACCAGAUCACCUUCCCAGCAGUGGCUCAUCAAGGGAUGUAGUUGAGCCUUUUCCUUCAAGCAUUGCUGUUCAAGACACUCAGUUGUCUUUCCAAAUGAAACAACAUGAUAACCUUUUUUAUGACAAACCAUCUCAUGAGGUUGAGCCUUCUAUUUGUGAAAAUGUCUCUAACAGCAACUCAAAAGUUGUAUCUGAAGACAAAGGAUUGGUUGGUGCUUAUAAUUCCAAUAAACUGGUUUCACCAAAAGAAUCUCACACCGUUCAUAAGAAGGUCCCUGCUGGGCCUACCCUGCCUUCUAAUCGUUCAGCAUCCAUUCAAACUGUAUCCAAAGGGACUUCCAAAACAAAACUAGAACCAGCUAAAGAAGUUGCUGUCAUCAAAGAUUUGAUAUGUGAUGUUGCAGAUGAUCCCUUGGAACAUUCUCUUGACCAUUCCAGAAGGCCUCAGUCGAUGCUGCUAACAAAGCCUAAUAUAUCUGCUCCAAAAAGGAAAAUCAUUCAACUUCAUGUGCCCAUGAACAAUAAAUAUGGUGCUUCUAACAAGGCAGGCACAGGAGGUAGAAAACUAAAACCAGCAAAAUUGGAUGACUGGUACAGACCUAUUCUUGAAAUGGAUUACUUUGUAACUGUGGGUUUAUCUUCUUCUGAAGUAAAUAAAAAGAUAGCUUUAAAUGAUUUUAAGGAGAUUCCUUUGAGUUUUCAUUCUCCAGACCAUUAUGUCAAAAUCUUCCGGCCACUAAUUUUGGAAGAGUUCAAAGCUCAACUGCAGAACACGUAUAUGGAGACAUCUUCAGAUGAUAUGUGGUGCUGCAAAUUCUCUGUUCUUUCAGUAGAAAAAAUUGAUGAUUUUCAUCUUGUUCGAGGCUGCCCUGAUGAUAGUGAAUCUGCUGCAUCUGGAGGCUGUUCAGAAAAUGAUCUGGUUUUGCUUACUAAAGAGCCCCUUAAAAAUUCAGUUCAGCAAAUUCAUGUGCUUGGAAAGGUAGAGCGGCGUGAGAAAUGCAAUAAAAGCCGGUCAAUAGCUCUAGUAAUCAGAUUUUAUCUACCAAAUGGCUCAUCACGGUCAAUUAAAGUGAAGACCCUUCUUAUUGAAAGGAGCAAAUGGACAUUAACUCGAAUUAUGAGCAUCACUCCUCAGCUUCGAGAAUUUCAAGCCCUCUCAUCUCUGCAUGAUAUCCCUAUUCUUCCGACUAUCAUAGAUCCAGUGAGUUGUUCCAGUGCAUAUUCUGACGUAAAGAAGGUUGACCUCAGUAAACUUCCACAAUCCUUGCAGAAUUCUCUGAGGUCUUCAUAUAAUGACAGUCAGCUCCAAGCUGUCAGAGUGGCCAUUAGAGCACAGGACUCAAAGCGUGCUUAUGAAUUGUCCCUUGUCCAGGGUCCUCCAGGCACUGGAAAGACCAAGGCAAUUAUUGGAAUUGUGAGUGCAUCACUUGCUAUGCAUGAAGCACAGAAGGCUUCUGCUUCAAGAAUGUUUAGCGAUAGCUCCAUAAGCACCGCUGCUGCGGGAAACAGCUUGAGAACAAGGCUUAGCCAAUCUUCUGCAAUAGCAAGAGCUUGGCAGGAUGCUGCAUUUGCUAAACAAAUGAUUAAGGAUGCUGAGAGAGAACCUUCUCGGAGUGCAGCGCGUCCUGCAAAAGGAAGGGUUCUUAUCUGCGCACAGUCAAAUGCAGCAGUUGAUGAACUGGUAUCGAGAAUCAGUGAGGGACUUUAUGGUAAUGAUGGAAAGAUCUACAAACCUUAUAUGGUGCGAGUUGGCAAUGCAAAAACAGUUCAUCCUAAUUCUAUGCCUUUCUUUAUUGAUACACUGGUUGAACAAAGGUUGGCUGAAGAUACAAUGAACCAAAAUGCCAAAAGUGAUAUGGGCAUGGCCUCUUCUAGUUCACUUCGAGCUGAACUUGAGAAAGUAAUGGAUUGCAUACGCCUUUAUGAGUCUAAACGUGCUAAAUUAAAUGACAGUGACACACAUAUGCAAGUGCCUUCAGAUAAUGCAUCCAAGGAGAAUGAUGUGCUCGAAAUUUCUGAUUCUGCGAUUGGAGCAAAGCUUAAUAUCCUAUAUGUCCAGAAAAAAACUAUUUGUGGACAACUUGCAGCUGCUCAAGCCCGAGAAAGGAAGUUUUCUGAGGAAAGCAGGUCUCUCAAGCGUAAAAUACGAAAAUUUAUCUUACAAGAGGCUGAAAUCGUGGUAACAACCUUAAGUGGAUGUGGAGGUGAUUUGUAUGAAGUUUGCUCUGAAUCUGCUUCUAGUAACAAGUUUGGAAGUUUUUCUGAACAAACCUUAUUUGAUGUUGUUGUAAUUGAUGAAGCUGCUCAAGCUCUUGAACCAGCUACCUUGAUUCCACUUCAACUUCUCAAAUCAAACAGAACCAGAUGUAUAAUGGUUGGUGAUCCAAAGCAGCUUCCUGCCACUGUGCUUUCUAAUGUUGCUAGCAAAUUUCUUUAUGAGUGUAGCAUGUUUGAGCGUCUGCAAAGAGCUGGUCACCCAGUUAUAAUGCUUACUGAACAGUAUCGAAUGCACCCAGAGAUAUGCUAUUUUCCAUCAUUGCAUUUUUAUGACAACAAACUACUAAAUGGAUCACUAAUGGUCAGCAAGUCAGCACCAUUUCAUGAGAGAACUAAUCUUGGGCCAUACAUGUUUUUUGAUGUUACUGAUGGUCGUGAGCAUCAUGGAAAAAGUUCUGGCUCCCUUUCUGUUUAUAACGAGCCUGAGGCCGAGGCAGCUGUUGAAAUAUUAAAGGUUUUAAGGAGAAGAUAUCCCUUUGAAUUUUCCUCUUUAAGAAUUGGUGUGAUAACACCGUAUAGGAGUCAGCUUUCGCUACUGCGAUCACGUUUUUCAAAUGCAUUUGGGCCUAAGAUUGUUUCUGAAAUGGAGCUCAAUACUGUCGACGGAUUUCAAGGUCGUGAGGUAGAUAUAUUGGUGCUUUCAACAGUAAGAGCUUCACAAACUAGUGCCAAACCAUCAACUGUUAGUUCAAGUGGUAUUGGUUUUGUUGCGGAUGUAAGAAGAAUGAAUGUUGCUCUAACACGGGCCAGGAUGUCUUUGUGGAUAUUUGGUAAUGCAAAGAAAUUGGAAACAAACCUCCACUGGGCUGCUUUGGUAAAGAAUGCAAAAGAAAGAAACCUGUUUGUUUCAGUUUCUAGGCCAUAUAAGUCUACUUUUGAUAAGGAUUUUCCCUCAUCUAGAGAGACCUCAAGAUCAGAGAGCACUGUAUGCCGUUUACGCCACUUGGAAGAUCAUAAAAAGGCAGAGAGUACCUGUGUGAAGGAUGAAGUCUCUCAGAGGUCAGAAGCAGACGUGAACGUAAACACUCAUGGUCCUGCCUUGAGUCAUCUCAAGGGAAAGCACAAGACAUGCAGAAGAAAGCUGUGCAAGGGAGUUCUGGAGCAGGAUCCUACAUCUCCUAUAGAUGUGGGUUCUUCAUCGGCAAGGAAACUGGGCACAGAUUGUGAACAUGAGGGCAAACUCUCUUCCAAGAAGAAGGAUAAGUCGGCAAAUGCUGAUGAUUCUUCAAGAAGACAUUCUUUGUGCAAAAUAACUGGUGCAGAGACUAUUUUAGUUGAUAAGUCAUUGGAAGCAGAAUCAGAUCUUAAGAAAUCGAUAGAGAAGGCAAGAGGAGCGCGUAGAUUAUCUGCAGAUUUAUCAUCCUGUCGAUCAAGUCAGAGUACUUCAACCAUGCCUUCACAUGCUAAAGUAAGCCAAAAACUUGAAGAAUCUUCUAAUUCCAAUAUCAAACCCAAAGACUUGGUCACUACACGGAAGAGGCAACGUGCUGCUGUUGAAGAGCUUCUGUCAUCAGCUCUUCUGCCUUCAAAGAAGCCUGAAACUUCAUCAAAGUUAGCUACAAACAGAAAGCGGUGAUGUUUCUGGAGACAGGACAAAGUCAACCAAGUUCAGCAAAGAUGGAGGUGGCAUGGUUUCCAAAAAUUUUAGAAGCUCAAAAGACUUGCAGAAAAAGCCAUUUCACGUCUUUUCACAUUAAACUGAGAUAUGAUGAAGAUAAGUCCCGCUAGCAUGGGGAAUAAUCCCUUAACAUUCAUGAUAUCUGUCGGAAUCCUAUUGUCUGCCAUGAGGAGGAUUGAUUCCUUGUAAACCAAUGGACAGAAAAUUAUCGGAAGUGGUCAGAGUACUACUGAAGAGUGCAACACUGCCAGACUACCAAGGACCUUCUAAAAUACAACACUCAAGUUUCAAGAAUCUUUUGAUGGAAUUCAUAUGUUUUGUCUGAAAUCACAACAUUCAACAAAGUCACCUCAAUCUUAAGAUUACCUUGACGAAGAUGAUGAACCACGAAUAGCUUCCAUUGUACAAUUUUGUCAGACCAGGAGCAACUUGUUUACAGUAUACCAACCAACAACGUGUACGCAGAAUGUUCACAGGAAUUGACCCAGAAAUUGCCCACAUUGGGUUUGUGAAUCUCCUUAUUGCAAAAAGUUCAAAUUGGAGAAUAUUCAUACAGGUACAAUGUCGAGGUUAUACAAGACAGGAACCGUAGCCAGAGAACAGACAAAGACGGGGAUUGGCCCAAACAACCAGAGUAUCAAAGGAAGAGCAAUGAAGAACAGCCUGUUGCCGACAGUAUUGAGAAAUAUUCC